UUUGAUUCUUGGCUUGCUUCACAGCUCUCAGUUGCCCUUCUAGUGUUAGGGUUAGGGUUUUGGCUAUACGGCCUCGACUUUCUCGUCUGUUUCCAUGGAUCCCACCAAGAAGCGAAAGCUCGAUGACAACGGCGUCGUCCCUCCCGAUUCCGAUUUAAACCUCACUCCUUCCGACGCACGCAAAAUCAUUGAGCGCUUCAGCCCGGAGCAGCUCAUCGAUGUUCUCCAGGAAGCCGUCGUUCGCCACGCUGACGUCCUCGACGCCGUGCGGUCUAUCGCAGACCCUGACGUCACCCAGCGCAAGCUGUUUAUCCGUGGUCUUGGGUGGGAGACCACUACUGAUGGCCUCCGCUCCCUCUUUUCCACCUAUGGCGAGCUUGAAGAAGCCAUUGUGAUUCUUGAUAAGGCCACCGGGAAGUCUAAGGGCUAUGGGUUUGUCACCUUCAAGCACGUUGAUGGCGCUUUGCUUGCGCUGAAGGAGCCCAGCAAGAGGAUAGAUGGUCGCGUUACCGUGACGCAGCUUGCAGCGGCCGGGAAUACGGGAUCAAAUACCAAUGCUGCCGACAUAGCGAUGCGGAAGAUAUAUGUCGCGAAUGUGCCGUCCGAUCUACCGGCCGAUAAAUUGUUGGCUCACUUCUCACUUUAUGGAGAGAUUGAGGAGGGGCCGUUAGGAUUUGAUAAGCAGACUGGUAAGUCGAAGGGUUUUGCUCUUUUCGUGUACAAGACGCCAGAGGGCGCGCAAGCGGCACUUGUUGAUCCGGUGAAGAUGGUGGAGGGAAGGCAGUUGAAUUGCAAGUUAGCGAUAACCGAUGGGAAGCAAGGGAAGCGAGGUGGUACUGGGCCGAUGGGACCUGAUGGAAUUCAAGGUCCAGGGAAUGCUCAUGGUGAUGGAAUGGGUUUGGCUCCACCGUCUUCCAUGCCAGGGUCGCUGUCGGGUCAGUACGGUGGCCCUGUUGGCAUGGCAUCAUAUGGGGGUUUUGGGAGUGGGCUUCCUGGUCAGCCUCCGAUGGGGAAUCAUCCUCUGAACUCAUCUGUGGGUGGCACAGGGUUGUCUUCGGCCGGUAAUCAGGCGCCAUCUUCUCUAGGAGGUACUGGCGGGUAUAGUUCUGGGCUAGGCGGUCCUUAUGGUGGUUACGGUGGUCCUGGUUCGACUGGCUACGGUGCAUUGGGGGGUGUUGGGGGUGCUGGUUUGGGUGGAGGUAGUGGUGGAUUGGGUGCUGGUGGACUUGGUGGUUCGGCUGGUUCUUUGUAUAGAUUGCCAACUUCAGUAGGAAUGCCAACCGGUGGCUACCAAGAUAGUGGACCUUACGGUUUAUCAUCCGGGUACCCAAAUCAGCAUCACCAACCUACAGGAGCCUCACCUGUACCUAGGGUUCCACCUGGUGCUAUGUAUCCGAAUGUGCCUCCUUACUACUAAGGUGUCUCAUCACUUAUUGGCGCAGAUGCUUUAUGUGGUUCUGGUGAUUACGUGAUUGCAGACUGUGUGCUUCUGGUGUAAUGAAUGUAUUAGCCUGUCCAUUUACAGCCGCUUGUCUUCAUCUGCUUCUUUUUUAGGCUAUGAUUAAUGAGUUUAGUUAGUCAAAGCUACUGAGUUAGAUUAGUCUUGUAAUUUGAAGUUUUGAAUGGGGAAUGUGUUUUUGACAUGUUUUCAUUAAUGUUCAUGACUUCCUAUUUUAAUUACAGCUGCUUUUUGAUGCUUGGAAUACAAGUUUUUCAACAUUAAGGUUGUUUCAGUUUUCUAGGCUAUGGUUAUUUUCUAAUUUGGAGUUAUGUACUGGUGACUUAAUGAUGUUCUCAUGUAAGGACUUCCGUUGUACACAUCUUAGCCAUUAUGUAACCAUAAUAACAUCAAGGAUUGAUGAUAAUAAUUUCAGUUUGCCUGGCAAAUUUUCUUUGGUCAA